AAUAGGCGUCACUUCCGGCGGGCCGGGACGCGAGGAGCGGGGCUCGGGCGGGGGGAGCGGCCCCGGCCGGACGGCGGCAGCGGCACUCGGUAGCAGGUCUCGCCGCCCCGCCCGGCAGCGCCGCCGGGAGAUGCGCCUCGGCCCCCGGCCCGGCCCCUGAGCCCCCGGCCGCCCCUCUCCGCCCUGCGCUCCCGGCGGCGGCGGCGCCCCCCUGCCCCUGCGGCCAUGGCGGGGGGCGGCGGGUCGCGCUACGCGGCCGAGUUCGUGCCGCCGCCCGAGUGCCCCGUGUUCGAGCCCAGCUGGGAGGAGUUCAGCGACCCGCUCGGCUUCAUCGGCCGCAUCCGCGGCCUGGCCGAGAAAACCGGCAUCUGCAAGAUUCGGCCCCCCAAGGACUGGCAGCCUCCAUUUGCAUGUGAAGUACAAAGUUUUCGUUUCACUCCACGAAUUCAGCGCCUGAAUGAACUGGAGGCAAUGACAAGAGUGAAACUGGACUUCUUGGAUCAGUUAGCAAAAUUUUGGGAACUCCAAGGAUCCAAUUUAAAAAUCCCUGUGGUUGAGAGAAAAAUACUGGAUCUCUAUGGUCUGAGCAAGAUUGUUGCCAACAAAGGAGGCUUUGAAGUCGUGACCAAAGAGAAGAAGUGGUCUAAAGUGGCGAGUCGGCUUGGCUACCUGCCAGGGAAAGGCACGGGGUCACUGCUCAAGUCUCACUACGAGCGGAUCCUGUAUCCCUACGAGCUCUUCCAGUCCGGGGUCAGCCUCAUGGGCAUCCAAAAGCCUAACCUGGAUCUUAAGGAAAAAGUGGAGGCUGAGGACCUCAGCUCAGAUGCCCAGGCUUCCCCAAAGCAGGCUUCAAGGAUGAAUGUUAUGCUGAAGAGAACUAGGCGUGUCAAAUCCCAGGCAGAGGCCGGAGAAAUGAGUAGAAACACUGAACUAAAGAAGCUGCAGAUCUUUGGAGCUGGACCCAAGAUGAUGGGGCUGGCAUUGGGAGCAAAGGAUAAAGAGGACGAGGUGACGCGGAGGCGCAAGGGAACCCGCUCAGAAGCGUUUGGGAUGCAGAUGAGGCAGCGCAAAGGAACUCUCUCUGUCAACUUCGUUGAUCUCUAUGUUUGCUUAUUUUGUGGUAGAGGAAAUAAUGAGGAUAAACUGCUGCUGUGUGAUGGGUGUGAUGACAGCUAUCACACCUUCUGCUUGAUUCCUCCUCUUCCCGAUGUACCCAAGGGUGACUGGAGGUGUCCGAAGUGCGUUGCUGAGGAAUGCAACAAGCCCCGAGAGGCCUUUGGAUUUGAGCAAGCUGUCAGGGAGUAUACUCUCCAGAGCUUUGGUGAGAUGGCUGAUAACUUCAAAUCUGAUUAUUUCAACAUGCCGGUCCAUAUGGUUCCCACUGAGCUGGUAGAAAAAGAAUUCUGGCGCUUAGUGAGCAGCAUAGAAGAAGAUGUUAUUGUGGAAUAUGGGGCUGAUAUCUCAUCCAAGGACUUUGGGAGUGGCUUCCCAGUGAAGGAUGGCCGGCGAAAGCUGAUGCCAGAAGAGGAGGAUUACGCUCUCUCUGGCUGGAACCUGAACAACAUGCCCAUUCUCGAGCAGUCGGUCCUUGCUCACAUCAACGCAGACAUCUCUGGCAUGAAGGUGCCCUGGCUGUACGUGGGGAUGUGCUUCUCCUCCUUCUGCUGGCAUAUCGAGGACCACUGGAGCUAUUCCAUCAACUACCUGCACUGGGGAGAGCCCAAGACAUGGUAUGGUGUGCCCUCUCAUGCAGCAGAGCAGCUGGAAGAUGUGAUGAAGGAACUGGCUCCUGAGCUGUUUGAAUCCCAGCCUGAUCUCCUGCAUCAGCUGGUCACUAUUAUGAACCCCAAUGUGCUGAUGGAACAUGGUGUACCAGUGUUCAGGACCAAUCAGUGUGCUGGCGAGUUUGUUGUGACCUUUCCUCGUGCCUAUCACUCUGGAUUUAACCAGGGAUAUAACUUUGCUGAAGCUGUCAACUUCUGCACUGCUGACUGGCUGCCCAUCGGGCGUCAGUGUGUGAGCCACUACCGCAGGCUGGGCCGGCACUGCGUCUUCUCCCACGAGGAGCUCAUCUUCAAGAUGGCCGCGGACCCCGAGUGCCUGGACGUGGGGCUGGCUGCCAUGGUGUGCAAGGAGAUGACUCUGCUGAUAGAGGAGGAGACACGCCUCAGGGAGGCUGUCGUACAGAUGGGAGUGUUGAUGUCUGAGGAAGAGGUGUUUGAGCUGGUUCCAGAUGAUGAACGUCAGUGCACAGCGUGCAGAACCACGUGCUUCUUGUCGGCUCUUACGUGUUCCUGUAAUCCUGAACGCCUGGUGUGCUUAUAUCAUCCCUCUGAUUUAUGUCCCUGCCCCAUGCAGAAGAAGUGUCUAAGGUACCGCUAUCCACUGGAAGACCUCCCUUCUUUGUUGUAUGGAGUGAAAGUCAGAGCGCAGUCUUACGACACUUGGGUCAGUAGAGUUACAGAGGCUCUGUCUGCCAAUCUCAGCCACAAGAAAGAUGUGAUUGAGCUGAGAGUAAUGCUGGAGGAUGCUGAGGACAGGAAAUAUCCAGAGAACGAUCUUUUCCGUAGGCUCCGAGAUGCUGUGAAGGAGGCAGAGACCUGUGCUUCAGUAGCACAGCUGCUUCUGAGCAAAAAGCAAAAACACAGCAGAGUGAGCCCAGACAGUGGAAGGACACGGACCAAGCUGACUAUGGAGGAGCUCAAAGCAUUUGUGCAGCAGCUGUUCAGUUUGCCAUGUGUUAUCAGCCAGGCCCGACAAGUAAAGAAUCUGCUGGAUGAUGUGGAGGAAUUUCAUGAGCGUGCUCAAGAAGCUAUGAUUGAUGAGAUCCCAGACUCCUCCAAGCUGCAGGAGUUGAUAGACAUGGGCUCUGGCCUUUAUGUGGAACUUCCUGAGCUGCCAAGGUUGAAGCAGGAACUGCAGCAGGCUCGGUGGCUGGAUGAGGUGAGGUCCACCCUCUUGGAUCCUCAGAGAGUCACCCUGGAUGUGAUGAAGAAGCUGAUUGACUCUGGUGUGGGCUUGGCACCACAUCAUGCUGUGGAAAAAGCCAUGGCUGAGCUGCAGGAGCUGCUCACAGUCUCAGAGAGGUGGGAGGAGAAGGCCAAGGUCUGCCUGCAGGCCAGACCACGCCAAAGUAUGGUGGCUCUGGAGGGCAUUGUGAACGAAGCAAAGAACAUCCCUGCCUACCUGCCCAAUGUGCUGGCACUGAAGGAGGCCCUGCAGCGGGCCAGAGACUGGACAGCCAAAGUGGAGGCCAUUCAGAAUGGGAGCAACUACGCGUACCUGGAGCAGCUGGAGAGCCUGUCUGCCAAGGGCCGCCCCAUCCCGGUGCGCCUCGAUGCCCUGCCCCAGCUGGAGUCCCAGGUGGCCGCAGCCCGAGCCUGGAGGGAGCGCACGGGAAGGACCUUCCUCAAGAAGAAUUCCAGCUACAGCCUGCUGCAGGUGCUGAGCCCGCGGACUGAUAUCGGCGUCUACGGGAGCAGCAAGAACAGGCGCAAGAGGGCCAAGGAGCUGAUGGAGAAGGAAAAGGAGAAAGAUCUCGACUUGGAAUCCCUGAGCGAACUGGAGGACGGGCUGGAGGAGGCCAGGGAUGCUGCAGCUGUGGUGGCUGUGUUCAAGGAGCGGGAACAGAAGGAAAUUGAAGCCAUGCACGCUCUCAGGGCAGCCAACCUGGCCAAGAUGACCAUGGUGGACCGCAUCGAGGAGGUGAAGUUCUGCGUGUGCCGCAAGACCGCCAGCGGGUUCAUGCUGCAGUGCGAGCUGUGCAAGGACUGGUUCCACAGCGGCUGCGUGCCCCUGCCCAAAACCAGCUCCCAGAAGAAGGGCUCCAGCUGGCAGGCCAAGGAGGUGAAGUUCCUGUGUCCCCUGUGCAUGCGCUCCCGCCGGCCGCGCCUGGAGACCAUCCUGUCGCUGCUGGUGUCCCUGCAGAAGCUGCCCGUGCGCCUGCCCGAGGGCGAGGCCCUGCAGUGCCUGACGGAGCGAGCCAUGAGCUGGCAGGACCGGGCACGGCAGGCCCUGGCCACCGACGAGCUGUCCUCUGCCCUGGCCAAGCUCUCCGUGCUCAGCCAGCGAAUGGUGGAGCAGGCGGCGCGGGAGAAAACAGAGAAAAUCAUCAGUGCAGAGCUGCAGAAGGCAGCGGCCAACCCCGACCUGCAGGGACACUUGACAAGUUUUCAGCAGUCAGCCUUUAACAGAGUGAUAGGGAGUGUGUCUUCAUCCCCACGGCAGACUUUGGAUUAUGAUGAUGAGGAGACAGACUCUGAUGAAGACAUCAGGGAGACAUAUGGCUAUGACAUAAAGGACAAUGCCAGUGUAAAAUCUUCCAGCAGCUUGGAGCCCAAUCUGUUUUGUGACGAGGAAAUCCCCAUUAAGUCAGAGGAGGUGGUGACACACAUGUGGACUGCUCCCUCGUUCUGUGCUGAGCACGCCUAUUCCUCUGCUUCUAAGAGCUGCUCUCAAGGUUCUAGCACUCCAAGGAAGCAGCCUCGGAAGAGCCCGCUGGUGCCUCGCAGUUUGGAGCCCCCUGUGCUGGAGCUGUCUCCUGGAGCUAAAGCUCAGCUGGAAGAUCUGAUGAUGGUGGGAGACCUGCUGGAGGUGUCUCUGGAUGAAACUCAGCACAUCUGGCGGAUUUUGCAGGCCACUCACCCACCGUCUGAGGAAAGGUUUCUUCAUGUCAUGGAGGAUGACAGCAUGGAUGAAAAACCACUGAAAAUGAGGGGGAGGGACUCUUCUGAGAGGAAGCGGAAACGAAAACUGGAGAGAGCAGAGCAGUUCUUUGGAGAUAUGAAGCAAAAAUCUAAAGAGCUGAAAAAAAUGGACAAACCUAAGAAGAAGAAGCUAAAACUCACCAUGGAUAAGACAAAGGAGCUGAACAAGCUGGCAAAGAAACUGGCUAAGGAGGAGGAGAGGAAGAAGAAGCGAGAGAAGGCAGUUGUGGCAAAGGUAGAACUGGCAAAAGAGAGCACAGAGAAAAAAAGAGAGAAGAAGAUUCUGGAUAUUCCUUCCAAGUAUGACUGGUCAGGAGCAGAAGAGUCGGAUGAUGAGAAUGCUGUGUGUGCUGCUCAGAACUGCCAAAGGCCCUGCAAGGACAAAGUGGACUGGGUGCAGUGUGACGGGGGCUGUGACGAGUGGUUCCACCAGGUGUGUGUUGGGGUCUCCCCAGAGAUGGCUGAGAGUGAGGAUUACAUCUGUAUAAACUGUGCCAAGAAACCCCUGCAGGGGCCCAGCAGCCCUGCCCAUGCCCCACCUCCUCCCUUCUUGCUGAGCUACAAACUGCCAGUGGAAGACCUCAAGGAGACGAGUUAGCAACGACUCGAUGGCCAGAGCUUGUUGGGAAAUGGACCACUGAACCCUUGGGAAGGAGAGGGUUUGAAGCUGAUGUAGCCUGAGCUUCUCUCACGAGGAUGUACAGACGACAGCGGCACCGCCCAGCUAUGCAGACACCGCCCGGGGCUCCGGCCGGCCCUGACCCGUGGCCUCCCGAACAAACUGGGGCUGUUAGUUACACCCUGCAGGUGUUAGAAGUGCAUGUUGGCAGUGGAGCUGGCCUGGAACUGGUGGGCACGGGCUGGGGCUGUCAGACCUGCCAGGUUUCCCUGAGGAGGUGACUUUGGAAGUUAUCUUUCGCCUGUCCGUGCCAACCCGGCGUGUAGGGCAAUGUCUUGGGAGAAUGGAAUUGCCUCCAUAUCCAGGCAGCUAACACUACGCUAUAAGGGUGGGAGCAAGUGGAUAAAUUUCUUUUAAUUUCUCUUUUGUAGCUAAAGGGCAGAGGAGCUCAUAAUCUCAGAAAUAAGCAAAGGUUCUGUUUACCAAAAAAAAAACCCAACUCUACUCCACUAGGCAAAAUUUUUUCCUCGGUGGGAAACAACUGAUCUUCCUGUCCUGAGGAGGGCCAGAAAGCAUCGAUAAUGUUUAGCUAGACCAGAACUUGGGAAGAGCAGAGUGCUUCCCUUUCCACAGGGAUGCUCUCUCCUGUUCCAGGCUUUGCUUAGAGUUCUGCACUCCUGCACAUGAAAGUUGCGUGGCGCAGGAUGGAGCUGGCAAGGAGGUACAGCACCCAGGGCACAGCUUCUGAGAUCUGUACCCAGGGAUGGGAAGGAAAGAAGACAGCCCAGUUACCUCAGAGGUUACACUGACAUGUGCUUCUGUGAAAAGUUUCACUCUCAACUCUUUCCAGUAUCACCAGGCUACGGGCAUGGCCUCCUGUGAUACAGCAGACAGUCUGCAGAUACUGUUCACAGUGAAACCCCUCCCUGCUGGCCUUGCUGGACGUGUACCAGUGUACCACCAGCAACAGUUCUUGUUUGAAGUUGCCUCUGGCUUUGCCAGAGGACCAGAGGGCUUGGGGUCAUCCUGGGUGACAGUUGUUUUAGUAAAUCCAUUUUUAAAGAAGGACUUGUUUUUACUUUUUUCUAAAUGUCUCAGACUACUGACUUGUUCUAUAAAUAGAUUAUUUUUCUUUGAUUUUUUUAUACUUACCACUGUUAACCAGCAGCACAGACAGAGGUUCACAAAGCAAAAACCUGCCCGUGGGCUUGGUUUUUUUACUCCAUUCCUUCCUUGUAGUACAAGGAAUUAGCAGUUACCUUCCCCAUUCUAGCUUGACCAGCUGCCUGUGUUUAAAUAGGUAAAUACAUUUCAUGUGCUACCUUUGUGUUUGGGUUUGUUCCUGUUAGUGGGGCAUCUGGGCCUUAAGACUCCAGUGGAUGCUGGCCUUGUGUAUGUGAAUGUCUGAAGUCAGCCCUCGGGCUGUCCUGUUCCCCUCUCCACUCGCUCCCUAUUGUGUUUCCAUUCUUCUGCCGUUCUAGGAGUGUUGUAAGUAGUGUCCAGUCUUACUAGGAGCUGGAUUGGGAUUUAAAGAAAUAUUGACAAAAACAAAAGUGUGCUGUCUUGACUGUUGUGUCCCUUCUCUUGUUCUCUAAUAUUUGGAAGUUUAUUUAUCUGGCAGAAUUAUCCAUCCAAAAAAAAACCAACUCAGCUCAGGUAGACAGAACUUUAUUGUUUUCUUCUAUGUGUGCCUGCUACCUGGGAAGAGGAAAAUGUGCAAAAGAAAAAGAAAUAAGAUGGAGGGCAGAAGAUCCAGAGUCUUGGGAGCUUUGAGUGCAGAUUGGACACAGACUUCUAAUUCCUGCUCCUAAAAGACUUAAUGUGAUGUUAAAAGCAAAAGCAAGCUGUGGUUAAGCAUGUGGCUGAACGGGCACCCUAGCAAAUUUAAGAGUAUUAUUUGUUUACUUAUUUAUAAAGGAGUCUAUGCUUUAGACAGACAUACCCUCUUUUUGCCUCCUAUUACUUUUUUUUUCUUCUCAAUGUACACUUAGUUUUGGUAAACUGAUUUAAACAGUUGUUACUUUUCCUUCGAGCUUUAACUGAUGGUACUACAUAAAUGUUUCCCUAUAUGGAGUGGAUAAACUCUCUGUCACAGAUGUUUAAUCGUUCCAGAAGUAGACUAGUACAAGAUUUCUUAAAGAAUCCCAGUGUUCUGUAUUCUUUCCUGACUCCUAGAAUUUGUGACACACCAGGGAAAUACGGUUAGCAUCUCGUGUUAGCCACUGAGCGCAUCCUCGUGACCAUUGUUGCAUUCCCUGUCGCGAUGAAGUCGUGUGUAAUUGUCAUCAACUGGAAAAGAGACCUCUGAGUAACCCUGCAUUGCAUGUCCCUGUUUCUCUGCGUGGAAGGCGUGGUGGAGAGCCUUGCCAGUAGCACUAGUGACAGCAAGAUGGAAACAGACAGCUCUACAAUGCAACCGUGGUCACUCUGCUUGUAACAAGCACAGAAAAGAGCAAACAACAGAAGAAAUGUGCAGAUCAUAUGCAAAAGUCACGUUUUUAGUAGCUGUUUUUCAUGUAGCCACAUGGAGAGCCUCUGUUCCACUGUUGGAAGGAGGUUGCCACAUUUUUUUCUGGUCACAGAUGUCUCGUCUGCAUUUGGAUAAGGUGUUCAUAAACUGAAGACCAUUAUUAGCUUUACAUCUUGUUGUUUUAAGCUUGUUUUUUAAGCGCAUAAUUGCUAUCAAAGGAUUGCUGAUAGUAUGAACUUAUGAAUAAAUGUUAACUUUUGGAAAAA